UGAUCCUAGUCUUCAAAACCCUGGGUCGGUGGCCGGUGACGCUGCUUUGUCUCUUUUCAUUUCGAUUUGCCUGAUGGCUCUUUUCAGGCGACUCCUUUCGUCCAAGCUUCCUUCCCCAUCAGUCGCCGCUUUUCUUGGCGCCUCCAAAGAAUCUUCUAAUUUGCAUCGUCGCUUCCCGUUCGCUGCCGCCGCUGCCAUCUUCGGUGGCGCCGCCGUCUAUUGUUACUCUUCAUCUCCUACCUUCGUUCAACUUGACAUUGAUAGUGAUGAAUCUUGUAUUGCAUUGAAUCCUGAAAAAUGGUUGGAAUUCAAGCUUCAAGAAACUGCAAGGGUCAGUCAUAAUAGUCAAUUGUUCAGGUACUUCAUACUAUUGGUUUUCUUUUGCAUCCAAUUUUUCCCAAGGAGGUUCAAUUUUUUGUCACAAGGUAGUUCUACUCAUUUUUUGUUUUUCAGGUUCUCAUUUGAUCCUACUGCCAAAUUAGGUCUUGAUGUUGCUUCGUGCAUUCUUACACGGGCUCCAAUUGGAGAAGAAUCAGACGGACGGAGAAAAUAUGUCAUUCGUCCGUAUACUCCCAUAUCAGAUCCUGACUCAAGAGGCUACUUUGAUUUAUUAAUCAAGGUGUAUCCUGAGGGGAAAAUGAGUCAACAUUUUGCAAGCUUAAAGCCAGGAGAUAUCAUUGAAGUUAAAGGGCCAAUUGAGAAGCUCAGAUAUAGCCCCAAUAUGAAAAGGAAUAUUGGAAUGAUUGCAGGGGGCACUGGUAUCACACCAAUGCUGCAGGUUGUAAAUGCAAUUUUGAAGAAUCCUGAUGACAACACCCAGGUAUCCUUAAUCUAUGCCAACAUAUCGCCAGAUGAUAUUCUGCUGAAAAAUGAACUUGACAGACUAUCUGCUAGCUAUGCAAAUUUUAAGGUAUUUUACACUGUGGAUAAACCUAACAGAAAUUGGCGAGGAGGUAUAGGAUAUGUAUCGAAGGACAUGGUCUUGAAAGGCUUACCCAGUCCAGGGGAAGACACAUUGAUACUUGUAUGUGGUCCCCCAGGUUUGAUGCAGCAUAUAUCUGGAGAUAAGGCAAAAGACAGAUCACAAGGCGAGCUCACAGGGAUACUCAAGGACGCGGGAUACACAGAAGAUAUGGUUUACAAAUUUUGAAUGAAAUAAUGUUGGAUUUAUAACAUGCAUCCUUUCCAAAUUCCACUUGAUAUAGAUUGUGAAGAGAAAUAGCAAUCUAGUUCCUUUUUAUUUUCGAUAUCUGGAAAUCUGUGGCAUUUACAAACUACGGAUGCGUUUAUUUGUACUAAAUAAGCUGCGUUACUAAUCAAAGUUUGUUGAUUUGAA